CAUUUAAGGAUGAAAAAGUUAGAAAUAUACCGGCUCUUUCGGUUUCCUGACGUGACCCGUCAAAAGUACGGAGGAGGGAAAGUUACCGUCUGUAGUGACACCAGUUCAUUCACGUUAGUAGCUCAGAUGCACGGGGUGAGUGGGAGGGUCUGUGGCUGUGUCUGCACACCACUUUACGCUCUCAAGUUGGAGCAGUGAGGAGGUACACGUUACAAGUGUGGAUUACUGUCAGCACCCGAGGUGACUGGACCGAUGAGAUGGUACUAAAACACCACAACAGCCCUCUUCUGCUCACCGUCACCUGCAUGUGCUUCUCGGGAGGUUUGCUUUGGUCCUAUCAGGAGGAGGAUGCCAGUGACGGGGGAGAGUGCUCUGAAAAUAACAUUUCUACAACAAAGUACCCCUGCGUGAAGUCGACUGGCGAAGUUACAACAUGUUACAGAAAGAAAUGUUGCAAGGGCUUCAAGUUUGUGCUGGGCCAGUGCAUUCCUGAAGACUAUGAUGUGUGUGCUGGCGCCCCCUGUGAGCAACAGUGUACUGACCAUUUUGGUCGGGUGGUGUGCACCUGUUACCCCGGCUACCGCUAUGACCGUGAGCGCCACAGAAACAGAGACAAGCCCUACUGUCUGGACAUCGAUGAAUGUGCAGACAAAAACAGGACUGUGUGCUCUCAGAUGUGCGUCAAUUCUGUGGGGAGCUACAGGUGUGAGUGUGAGAAAGGCUAUUUCCUGGAAAAAGAUGGGAAAACAUGCACCAAGGGGGAGAGAGCAGUGCAUCUUUUUGAGAAAUCUGACAAUGUGAUGAAUGCUGGAACUUGCUCAGCCACAUGUGAUGAUUUCCUCCAGAUCAAGAUGUCUGUCCUGCAGCUUAAACAGAAGAUGGCCAUGCUGUCAAACAGUGCUGAUGUCCCUGAGCAGAUGACCAGUGAGAAAAUCCUGACAUCUCCCAUAUUUCUACCAGGGCCCCCAGGUCUCCCUGGUCCUCCAGGAGAUCCAGGACCGAAGGGCCCUCCAGGACAUACAGGACUGUUGGGGUCACCUGGACCUCCUGGCCCCAGGGGCUUGAUGGGACCCAUUGGACCCACACCAGACCUGUCCCACAUCAAACGGGGUCCCCGAGGACCUGUGGGGCCUCCAGGAGCACCAGGAAAAGACGGAUUAAAGGGGGAUAGAGGAGCUCCUGGGCCUGUCGGACCACCAGGUCCUCCAGGAUCCUUUGAUUUCCUGCUACUGCUGAUGGCAGACAUCCGUAACGACAUCGCUGACCUGCAGAGCAAGGUGUACGGUCGGCCGAUGCACUCUCCAGGGGAAGAGUUUCCUGCGGUCCCUGACAGCUGGAGGGACAACCAGGACACUCUGGACACAGGCUCAGGUGAGGACUACAAGGAACCUCCACCUCGAACAGGCGGAGGGCCCAAGAGGAACAGGAAGAGAAAACCAGCGCAAGAGAGAACAGACUUUGACUGGAAUAUUUAAAGAGGGCAGGUUUAAAUACUUAAUGUCAGGAGUAAAUAUUGAAGUGGUUUGUUUUUUUUAUUUAACUGUUUUUAAACAGAAUGUACUGUAUGCUUUUUCAUCACAGAUGUUUAUUUUUGUAAGAUAUAUGAGACUGUAUGAAUAUUUUUUAACAAAAUGAGUAGACUGCAAAUGCAUGUUUUUUUUAUUUGAUAUUUUUCAGAAACAUAUGGUUCCUUCACAGCACAUUAAACAAGUCUGUCAUGAAAGCAGUUUUUACCUCAUUACUUUAAGACAGUGUUUUAUUCAAUUUCACACAAUCGUGUACAAGAAAGUGAGACACCCAAUACCUUAGUGAUGAAUCAAUUGACAUCAUUCAUAAAUUCACAAGAGGGAUUAACUCACCACAAAUGUUGGAUUGAGGCAUUAAGAAUUUGCACUGUGACCUCAUCUGUGUGACAUCUUACUGUAAUUUCCAGUUGCCAUGGCAGCAAAGUAAUAACGGAAGAAGAUGGAAAAGAAUACUUUGCAUUGCUGCCUCAGAUUUUUUUUUGCUAAUUCAUAAUCACUGCUGUUGUCACACCCAUCGAUAAGCAGCAGUAAUUUAUAGAGCUGCAACUAACAUUUGCAAUUUAUUAUCAAUUAGUAUGCUGAAUAUAUUUUCAGUUAGUCAAUUAUAUGGUCUGUGAACUGUCAAAAAAUGUGUAAAACACAAGCCAAUACAGAGACCUGACUAAUGUGAGUGUCAACCUAAUUUUAUCAGGCAGAUAAUGGUAUUCAUGUUAAGCAUCUGGAGUGACGAUAUGAAAAUGAACAGUGCAGUUGUCAGUUGUAAAGCAGAAUGAUGGAAAAGGAUUAUUAGGUUAUUUCAUAUGCUCAGUUAAGUCCUGAGCAGCGGAAAAUUGUCAGUUCGGAGCUUUAAUGCGUGGACAAGUGAUGAUGCUGCCCAGUAAUUGUGAAGUCUCUUGUGUAUCUAAAUUAAGACAUCUAAAUUCAUUUUAAGUUCAUGGAUGAUAGUUGACUGAUAGUUCUCCACCAGAGGGAGACAAAGACAUUUACAAAAUGCAGGGUCACUUUACAUUAUCAAGUUCUUUACUCAGCAACUUUUUUCCUUUUGUUUCGCCACAGCAGAUCAUCUGUUUCCAUCUCAGCUAAACCGUAAUACUAAGAAAUAAAUGGCUGAUUAAUGAAUCUCUAACUCAUUAGAAUAUGCUUAAUCAGUCUGAUAUUUCUUCUCGGCAGAAAACAAGAAAGCCUAAUAACAGUGUUACUUGC